AUGAAGACCACCGGUGUUCUCGCCACCCUUGCGGCCCCUGCGCUGGCCGCUUACAAGGGCUUCAACUACGGCGCUCUCGACCUCUCCGGCGCCACGCGCAACCAAGCCUCCUUCGAGACCGAGUUCAACGUCGCAAAGAACCUUGCCGGUACCAACGGCGCGUUUACUUCUGCACGCCUGUAUACUUCGCUGCAGGGCACCUCCACCGCGCCCAUCGAGGCCAUUGCCGCGGCUGUCAACACCGAGACUUCGCUGCUGUUGGGAAUCUGGAUCUCUGGCAACCCGAAUGUGGACAAUGAGGUCAACGCCAUCAAGGCCGCGAUCGACGCCCACGGCAGCGCUUUCACCGACCUGGUCGCUGGUAUCUCCGUUGGCAACGAGGAUGUCUACCGCAUCACCGACUUGGGUAUCGCGUCGAACGCUGGGCCCGGUGUGACUCCGCAGGGCGUCGCCGACUAUGUGAACCAGGUGCGCAGCGGGCUGGCUGGCACCGCGCUGGAGGGCAAGCCGAUCGGGCACGUCGAUACGUACAACACUUUCUCCAACAGCAGUGGCUGGAUGGCGCCUGUCAUUGAGGCGGUCGAUUUCAUCGGCAUGAACGGCUUCCCUUACUUCGAGGACACGAAGCCCAACGGUAUCGAGAACGGCAAUGCGACGUUCUGGGGCGACUAUGAUGCUGUUGUCGGCCAGGCGGGCGAUAAGGAGAUCUGGGUGACCGAGACCGGGUGGCCGAGCUCUGGUCCUCAAUCUGGCGCAGCGACUCCCAGCGUGGCCAACGCCGAGACCUACUUCGGUGAGGUGUACUGCUCGCUCGUCGCCCGAGGCAUCAAUGUUUGGUGGUAUACGCUGGAGGACAGCACCGCGGAUGCGAGCGUGCCGAGCUUCGGUGUUGCUGAGGGAGGGUCCCCCAAGUAUGACCUGUCUUGCUAG